GCUCCAGCAGUAAAGCCGCGCGCGGUGCAGUGAGGCCGGCCGGUGCAGCGAGACUGGGGAAGCGUGGCAGUCGGGAGUGAAGGGUACAGUGUUUAAAUAGCGACAGCCGGUCUGUGGUGUGCAGUGUGCUGCAUAUAACUCUAAACGCGGAGAUCUCCUGUGCUCAGCUGUUCUACACUUCUAUACCUGCGGUGCUUUACCUGGGCGCCUGGAUCAGCUGUUUCCAACACAGGGGUGUCCGCUCCGCGUCGCGCGUCUCGUGCGCGCUGCAGCCCGCACAGUGGUCGACCUCGGGCGGCGGCGGUCGAUAGCGGCGGUCGACUGCGCGCAUGCGCGGCGAGGCCGCGGCCGCCAUGGGCUGGCGCUGCUACUGCUGCGCUGACGGCGGCACGUGCUGCGGCGCGGCCAGCCCAGCCACCGACGCGGACGGCGACGACGCCGAGUCGACGCGGCCGCUGCACAGUGGCACCGCGGACGCGCCGCCGGCCAGGGGCUGCAAGUCCGUCUUCUACUGCUGCGAGGGCGCCUGCUCUACGGGCUGCGCCCACGCCGCCGCCGCUGACGCCGCCAAGAGCGACGCGCCGCCGGCAAUGCGCGGCCACAUCGUGCUGGGCACCCCUGUCGACGUAGCCGAAGACGCGGCGCGGCACUUCGAGCUCCUGGCGCAGUUUCCAGAAGAUGUGCAGAUCUCCAGGCCGGGCGUCCCGUAUGUUGGGGAGCUGCCGGUGGUGCUACAGCCGGGACGCAUGGUACUGGUGCAAGGUCGAGUCACUCCAAACGCCAUCAGGUUCUCGGUGAACCUGGCGUGCGGUUCGGAGCCGACGUCGGACAUCGCGCUGCACGUGAACCCGCGCUUCGACGAACGUCGCUUGGUGCGCAACGUGCGCAUGGCCGGCACCUGGGGCGAAGAGGAGUCUUCUGCGUCCUGGCCCUUCCCCAUGGGCCGGCAGCUCCCCUUCGCGCUGCUCAUCUACGCGACAACUGACGUCUACUAUAUAGCCAUUAAUGGAAGGCACUACUGUACAUAUACACAUCGUAUACCAUUGCAGAAAGUUCAGGUUGUCCAUAUAAGUGGUGAUGUUGAAGUUGACUUACUGGAAUAUCGAAGGGUUGAGAUCUAUCCUGAACAGUAUCCAGGCUACAAAAAUCCAACUGUAAAAAUUCCAAUGAAUAAGUCUCUGCGAGAUGAGCAUGAAGAUCCACUGGAUACGCCUUUUACUGGCAGUUUAGAAGAAUUUGGUAUUGGCCAUGAGCUUGAGAUUACUGGAAGAGUAAAAAUAUUGCCUCACUCGUUCUAUGUAAACCUUCAAAGUGGAUCAUACGUGUGUCCACAUCCAAUUAUUCCACUUCACAUCAACCCUCGUUUCCGUGCAGGUUACACGAUGGUACGAAAUGCUUGGGUGAAAGGCAAAUGGGGUACUGAGGAGAAGGCGCACUGCUCGCAUUUCCGACCUGGUCGACCAUUCUGCUUAAAAAUUGUGUGCACUGAGGACCAGUAUUCUGUGUAUGUGGAUGGGUCAUUGAUGGACAGUUUCAAAUACAGGUGUUCUCCGCAAAUUGUGGACACAUUGUACAUCCAUGGUGAUAUUGUGUUAAAAGAUAUUGUUGUGAAAUGAGAGACUUCCUUGGAAUGUUUGACUGUCAGCUGUUCCAUCUGUGUCAUUUACAUGGUGUAACAUGUAGUAAGUGGUGUUCAGUUCAAAGGCAGUUUUUGUGGUUUCCUUCCAAUAGACAGUUAACAAGGGUAAUGUGGGGGCCAAAAUCUAUGAAUGACAUAUUUUGUAAACUUUAUCAAAUUUGUACUUGUAUUUAUAAAAACAUGCUAAGCAAAAGUAUUAUUUCUUGAAAUUAUUUUUUAAAGGUUGAUUAGCAAUCUCUGUGACUUGCUUAGGAAUAAUUUGCUAAUAUAUUUUUGCCACUGAUGCACUGAUUUGUAGACUUGCUUUAUAGUUCCAUUGCUACAGUGUAGCAUGUAACAUGGUUGAACAAUAUUUUGUAAAUAAAUUUUGAGUAACCUGGAAAUUUUCAGCCAUGAAAGCACUUUUAUUAUUCAAUACAUACAGAAAUAUUCAUAAAGUGGGUCCAGUUAAUUCUCAAUAUUUAUGGGAUGCGCAAUGCUGUUUAUUUUCCAGAUACAGUUAAAUGAGAACUUUGCUCACAGAGGUGACAGAAUGGAACUUACUUGCAGUUCGUCAUAUACUAAUGAUGAUGCUGAAAACAUUGGCUCAGAAUCAAACUGUUCAUUAUCUAGUUGGAGCCAAUACUGUAAGAUUUUCAUUUGUGUAACCAACAGUUAAGAAUUUAAUUAUGUGUAGACCUUGCCUUCGUCAAUCACAUUAUCACCUGUGACAUUUAUUUUAUUGGUCAGAUUGCAGUGUUCAUUUUAUGACUAUAUAAUGUGCUUUAAUAUUACCAUUUGCUGAGCUUUAAUCUUAGCUGAUAGUUGUCUUCAUCCAGAAUGAGGACCAUAAAAAUGUGGGUUCUUUUUGUAAGACUAUUGGCUUGAAAGGAACUGAUCAUUGAUUUCCAUCAAUUAAUUGUCACAUCAAUGCAGUUUCAGAUUGUUAUUAUGAGUAUUAUCAGCUGAGGUAAGCAAAUUAUAUGUCUGUAAAGAAUAAAGGGCCAAUAUAUCAGUGAAUCUGUGCAUUCAGUUUGCUACAGUUUUGUCUGCAAUAUCAUCAUGACAUUAAAGGGCUAUAUGAAAAUGAAGAGAGUAGCAGAAGACAGGACAACAUGGAGAACAUAUUAUAAAAAUGUGUACCUUGACUACCCACAGGUACCAUGAACGUAUAGCAUUCAGUGUGUAAUAGGACAUGCGCUACUUCCAGGAAUGAUAAAAAAUAAGUCUGAUGGCCAAAUUGACAGCCCUAAAACUGACUUACUAACCCUGCAAUGAAGUAGAGUGACUAGCCCAGUGCUGACUGUCAGCUUUCUCAUUCCAUCUCUAUCCAAGGGAAUGUUGGAUUGUAGUAUGGAAGGUAUAUGCCAUCUCUCACUUGUUAACCAGUUUUCAAAAUGAGAGCAACAACUAUUUUUUUGUCAAAGUAACUCCUGCACUCUCACUCAUCUUUCGUGACAGUAUAAUUUCUGUAAAACUCUGGAAAACAGUUUCUGUUCAAUGUCUUUAUCAUUGCUCAUAAACUGAAAAGGCACAUCAAGACAUUUAAUUCAACCUGAUUGUGAGGUAGGAACAUAAACUAUUCUGAACAUUUUAUUCUGUGAAAUGAAAUAUACUGUUA